CGUUUGCCCUGCCCCUCCCCGCCCCUUCCCCCGCCUCCGGCCCGGCCCCCUCCUCCUCAGGUGAGGCAGCCAGGCCUAGCAGGCCCCACGCCGCUGCCUCUGCCUCCGGGCCACCGCUGCUGCGGGGCCACCAUGCCCCUGCCCAGGCCUGGAGACUGACCCGAAGAGGGCACUAUCUCUCAGCUCCGCCCCCACCUGCCGGACCCCAGGGUCCCACCCCGGCCCAGGAGGUCAGCCGGGGAAUCAUUAACAAGAGGCUGUGACAUGGCGGAGAAGGAGGGUGGCCGGACUGUGCCAUGCUGUUCCGGACCCAAGGUGGCAGCUCUCACCGCGGGGACCCUGCUGCUCCUGACAGGCAUCGGGGCAGCGUCCUGGGCCAUUGUGACCUUUCUACUCAAGAGUGAUCAGGAGCCGCUGUAUCCGGUGCAGGUCAGCCCGGCCGACGCCCGGCUCAUGGUGUUCGACGACACGGAGGGCACGUGGCGGCUGCUGUGUUCCUCGCGCUCCAACGCCAGGGUGGCGGGCCUGGGCUGCGAGGAGAUGGGCUUCCUCAGGGCCCUGGGCCACUCGGAGCUGGACGUGCGGACGGCGGGCGCCAACGGCACGUCGGGCUUCUUCUGCGUGGACGAGGGGAGGCUGCCGCUGGCCCGGAGGCUGCUCGAGGUCAUCUCUGUGUGUGACUGUCCCAGGGGCCGUUUCCUGGCUACCGUCUGCCAAGACUGUGGCCGUAGGAAGCUGCCUGUGGAUCGCAUCGUGGGAGGCCAAGACACCAGCCUGGGCAGGUGGCCGUGGCAAGUCAGUCUCCGUUACGACGGAGCACACCUCUGUGGAGGGUCCCUGCUCUCCGGAGACUGGGUGCUGACAGCCGCCCACUGCUUCCCUGAGCGGAACCGGGUCCUGUCUCGAUGGCGAGUGUUUGCCGGCGCUGUGGCCCAGGCCUCACCCCAGGGCCUGCAGCUGGGGGUGCAGGCAGUAGUCUACCACGGGGGCUAUCUCCCCUUUCGAGACCCCAACAGUGAGGAAAACAGCAAUGAUAUCGCCCUGGUCCACCUGUCCAGCCCCCUGCCCCUCACGGGCGGGGCAGGCCGGCAGGGGUUGGACCGCCUGGUCUCUCUCCCAGAAUACAUCCAGCCCGUGUGCCUCCCGGCUGCCGGCCAGGCCCUGGUGGACGGCAAGAUCUGUACCGUAACUGGCUGGGGCAACACGCAGUACUACGGCCAACAGGCUGGGGUACUCCAGGAGGCCCGAGUCCCCAUAAUCAGCAAUGAGGUCUGCAACGGCCCCGACUUCUACGCGAACCAGAUCAAGCCCAAGAUGUUCUGUGCCGGCUACCCUGAGGGUGGCAUUGACGCCUGCCAGGGUGACAGCGGUGGCCCCUUCGUGUGUGAGGACAGCAUCUCUCGGACGCCACGUUGGCGGCUGUGUGGCAUCGUGAGCUGGGGCACCGGCUGUGCCCUGGCCCAGAAGCCGGGUGUCUACACCAAAGUCAGUGACUUCCGGGAGUGGAUCUUCCAGGCCAUAAAGACUCACUCCGAAGCCAGCGGCAUGGUGACCCAGCUCUGACCUGUGGCUUCUCCUUGAUGCGCACGCCUCUGGGGCCCAAGUUCACCGAGGUGGCUCCAGCCCCACCUGGUGGGGUUCACCCUGGGCCUGGAAUGGGACGUUUUUCUUCUUGGGCUGAGCCCACAGGUCCAAGGAUACCCUCCCUCCAGGCUCCUCUCUUCCACAGUGGCGGGCCCACUCAGCCCUGGGACCACCUGAGCCUCACCCUCCUGACCCCAUGUAAAUAUUGUUCUGCCAUCUGGGGACCCCCAUCUAGGUGCCCAUGAUGACAGGAUGCUCUUUAAAUAAUAAAGAUGGUUUUGAUUAA